AACAUACUUGUUAUUCACGCGGUGUUCCAGGUUGUGUGCACGUAAGAAAGAGAGAAUGCAACCGUGGCGAUUUGUGAAAUGGGCUGAUGCUCCUGUUUCAAAAAAUCCCUUACGCUUUAUCGAUUGAAUUAAGCCAGGAGUAUAAACUGUUUUGUGCCUUAAGGCUUUUAGGAAGUUGCUACUUGCAAAGUUGUUGCACCAAACCGCGUACAUUACAUACGGGUAGCAACACGCUAAGCGAACGUCUUCUAAACAUCCAUCAUUUCAUUACUUUGUUAUCAUCGUAGCUCCUGUGUUUGUGUUGUGACCUUUUUUAUUUUUAUAGUAUAGGCUUUACAAACAACAAGAAGAGUGUAAUUAAAAAGUUUUCCAGUCAUUAAAGUCAAGUUUGAGAAUGUAUUACAAAAGACAACUUGUAUACCGGAUCCAGAACAAUUACGCAACCACUGGAGGGGAUUGAUUUGUUUUGAUUGAAAGGUGUUCCGCCGUUAUGAUGUUUUGAGUGCAUUCCGUCCAGUACGCAUAUUAUGGAAGAGGUCUCAUGUAAAGUAGUCCUAGUGGGAGACAGUCGGUGUGGGAAAACCGCACUCAUUAACCGCUUCACUAACGAUAACUUUUUAGAGGUUUACACCCCCACCGGUUUCGAACGGUAUACAGCGAUGUACAAGGUUGGAGACUGUUCAAUAAAUUACACAGUAUGGGACACAUCAGGAGCAUCAGCAUAUGGCACUGUGCGCCCUCUUGCGUACAAAGAUGCAUCUGUUUUCCUCCUGUGUUUUUCGAUUGUUGACCCAGAAUCUUUAAAUAACACAGCUGCCAGGUGGCACCCAGAGAUUCGUCAGCACUGCGCUGAGGUUCCCGUCAUCCUCUGUGGUUGUCAGUGUGACUUGCGAAAUGACUUGGAUACUGUAACUUCAUUAGCCAAAGAUAAGCUGCAACCGGUCACUUCAGAACAGGCUCUUGUGGUGUCUCGACAGAUUGGAGCUACGACAUAUGUUGAAACUACUUCUAGACAAACUGGGCGAAGUUCUUGUGAAGCCUUCGAGGUAGCAGCACUUGCAGCCCUGGGGAAACUCAACAAAAAUCAUUCGAAUAUUCCGCGACAAAACUGUAAAGUUGAUGUAAAAGAAGAAAUUCGAGAUCGGGGCAAAACCUGUAUAGUUAUGUAAUUUUUUAAGCAAAUGUUAAUUGAUUGUGCCAAAGCAUCACGUUGUAAAUGAUUUGUGAUGUGAAUAUUCGAUAAGAGGCAUAAAACACUUCGUGACUAAACAUAAACGAACAUUAUAAAUACAGUAUAUAACUAUUUUUUGCAUUCCUAGUUUGAAGAUAUUGUAACGAGAAAAUUUAUCUUUGAAGACUCUAAUACUUUCAACGCGCUUAGCCUUCAAAGAGAAAUUUCGGGAUGAGAAUCGUGUAAUUUAAAUAGUUUUCUUGUUAGAAAAAGUUGCAUUAUACGAAUUUAUGUAACAUAUAUCGCGGUCUUUAGUAAAAACCAAUAUAACGCUCACUUUAUGAUUGUCUAAAGUCAUCAAAUUAUAUUUUUGAAGUAACGUGUAAUAUAUUUCAUUCUUUUCUCUAUUGUAGAAACCGGAAAACUUGCAUCGUAGUAACAGUCAGGUUUUACUCGAGUUUGUUGUAAAACUCUUUCGGCAUUAGAUUGAACUUAUAAUCUACAGAUUAACCUCUAAAGAUCUCUUGGGUAAAGGAGUUUAUGAUUACGAAACAAUGAACUAAAGCAUAGUCUGUCUUAAGUUAUUUAGUUUCAAAUAAUAUCAACUUACUUAACUUGUGUGAGAUGUUGUUGAAGAACUGUGUAUAAACUGCUGAUAAUUUAUGUUUGAAGUUUUCUGCGGGUUUUGUAGAACGCAAUUUAAUUCCGAAAUGACAAUAACGGAUUACGGUGAACAUUUUAAAGUGUUUGAAAAACGGUUCCUCAUUUUGAAGAUGCCACAACUUAAUUGUUCAGUGUGAGAAAAAAAAUCCCCAAAACUUCGUAAAAAAAACAAAAACGACAUCACAUUUUCAGUUUAAAAAAAAUAUUUAAAGAAGUCUCAUUAAGAAAAGCAAUAUUUGUGUAGAAGUUUUCUUAAGGUAUUUCUGUUUUUAAUGAGAGUUGUUAAAAUAUUUCCCGUCAAAAUGUGGAGCUUGCUUUGUUUUGAACGCUAAAGACUACUUGAGAGUUUUAUGUGCGCUAGGCCAUUUCUGAUUUUAAAUGCAACAAGCCAACACCACCAGAAGUCAAGGGCAACACUAAUCGAAUUAUGGAAUUGACCGUCUCAUUAUAAAGCCUCCACGGCUGAAAGGGCGAGUAGGUUCAGUAAUCAAAUUCGAACCUGUGACUCGCAGAUUGCAAGUCGAGUGCCCCAACUACCAGGACAUUCGAGACCAGAAUUUUCUAAGAUGUUCCUGACAAUGUAAGUGCUGGUACAUUGUUAGUAAUUUUAUUGAUUUUUGUAACUUGUACGAUAUUGUCAACUACAACAUGUUUGCUAGAACACUACGCUUGAGUUUUAUUCAUAAAAAUAUCACAUUUAGAGCAAAGAUUCAGUUCACAUUUAAAUUAAUGAUAAACUGUCUAAAUGUUGACAAAUAAAGUU